AUGGCGACACAUCGUCGAAUGGAAGUUUUCAUUACUUUCGAGCGCGCCGCGCCCGUUACACCACAGCCGCAUCCGUCCGCGCCGCAGCCAGGCUGGUCCGCUCUGGGUUCCGAGUUAGCCCUGCGCGACAUUCAGCUUCCGUUCCAAGGGACCCUUCGGGCGCCCGCGGAGCCCGAAAAUGGGGGGCGGCGGUGA